AUGGCUAGACUUGAUACCACCAUGGCUGAAUUAAUAAUCGAUGCUGAUCAGUUGAAUCGAAAUGACAACAAAUCUUUACCUUAUCUUAAUAAUAAUUUCAAUGAUUCGUUCGACAACUCUCAUCAACAAACAGCUAAUCAGUACCCUUUCACACAUAUCUAUGAUCGAGAUGGUCGAGUAUUUUUACCGGACGUCUCGGUUAAUAUCAAAUCGAUAGUUGCCGAACAAACCGGCAGAAAUUCUACUGAAGUUUCUAAUCGCCAUUGGUAUUCUCUUGUUGAUCAAACAAUAAAACGAGCUGAUCGCCGUUCUUCAUUAUAG